ACCCUAAGCCCACCACAAAACUGUAACCUCUCCCCACAAAAGAUGAGCUCAGUUUGCAUAUCAAACUGCGUCAACGACGCACGAGAUCCACGCGUGCCAGUUCGUGCCACCUACGUGAACCUCUACAAGUGGCCGGAAUCCGAUGCAGAGUUCAUAAAGUCCGUCCACCGUGUAGGGCAGGGAUUUCAAGGUCAGCCAAGGGUGGUGGACAGCAUCUCUUGCAGGCAGAUGUAUCUUAGGAGCUACACUUUUUCGAGGAAAGAGAGUGUGCCAGAGAGGACGAAGAAGUGCUUUGGGAGAGUGAAAGAGAAGGUGGCUAAGGCUAAUCAUGGAAAGAAUAAGAAAAAGGAUCAAAAGGGUAGGAGAAGGAAGUGUUUGGUGUUUAGGAAGGUGAAAGAAUUUUCUUGCGGUGCUUUGUUUAGAAUCUUUCACAGGUUGUUGUCUUGUGGUGCUAGUAUAGAUGUGGUUGAUCAAAAAGAUUCAAAUUAAUUUCUCAGCUUUCAGUUUU